GUAGAAGACCCAAACAUGUACCAAAGCUUGACCUUGUCCUCCAACCAAUCCCCCUACACCCACGACGCCGGGAACUACAUCCACAGCUCGGCGAGUUCUCCGGUCUACGUGCCCACGACGCGGGUCCCGGGGAUGCUACCCACGCUCCCCUACCUGCAGACCUGCGACUCGCCCCAGACCCACCACGGCCUGAGCGCCCCCCAUGGCUGGACUCAGAGUGGCACCGACAGCACCACGUUCGGAGCCAGCAGCCCCCACCACGGCUUCUCCUACUCCCACAGUCCGCCCGGCGGUGCCGCCACCGGCCGCGACAACUACCAGAGUCCGCUGGUGCUCGGCAACGGCCCGCGGGCGGAUCAGUUCGGCGGCGCGUUGGUUCGGCAGGUCGGGGGGUCAUACACCAGCCCGUACGCCUACAUGAGCCCGGAGAUGGCCACGUCCUCCUGGACCCCCGGACCCUUCGAGAGUGGCGUCAUCAGCCUGCAGGGCCGACAAGGGGGUCUGUGCGCGCGAAGGUCCAGUCUAGAACUCAUGGACGACGGGCCGACUGAGGGCAGAGAAUGCGUCAACUGCGGCUCCAUCUCCACCCCGCUGUGGCGCAGGGACGGCACCGGACACUACCUGUGCAAUGCCUGCGGCCUCUACCACAAGAUGAACGGCAUCAACAGGCCGCUGAUCAAACCGCAGAAACGUCUGCAGAACACGUCUCGCCGAGCCGGCCUGUGCUGCACUAACUGCCACACCAGUACCACCACGCUGUGGAGGAGGAACGCAGAGGGGGAGCCGGUGUGCAACGCCUGCGGCCUCUACAUGAAGCUGCACGGGGUUCCAAGACCGCUGGCCAUGAAGAAAGAAAGCAUUCAGACGAGGAAGCGCAAACCCAAAAUGCCUAAAAACAAGUCCGCCACAGGAGGAUCCACAACCCCGGGCACCAACUCGCCGACCCAGUUUUCCGUCUCUGAACACGCCUCCACCGUGAAGCGCGAACCCGUCAUGGCUCCUUCAGCGUUCACAGGACAGACAGUGACACCAGCCGCACAGGCGGGCUCCCAGUUAGACAGCAUCGGCUCUGGACACGUGGACAUUAAAUAUGAGGACUUUACAUUCACGCCAACCUCUCUGGCAACACAAAACUCCUGGUGCGCUCUGUCCCAGGCAUGAACGGGCCUUCUUGUUCUGUUGGGACCAACGCCAGCGACGAAGAUGUGCACAUCGAGCUGCGACCCCAGACUCGGGUCACGUGGACGGACGUUCCGCCUGACCGCUCUGGUUCGGCUCAUCAGGGGAAGACAACGACUACCUACUGUAGGAAGAAAUCAAUGCAAAGACAAUCAAAUGUUGCUAAUUGUGAGACUGAAGAUUUCAAAGUUUACUGUCACCGUUUUCCAUAUCAUAACCUGUUGACACUGUAAAGGCAGAGAAAAUACCUUUUUAUGGCUGUUGAACAAGA